GUUGGUUCUCUUCGUUCCCGUGUCACUCCCAGCUAACCCUAAAUUCCCAAAUUUUCGACCAUGACAAAGAAGCCGAAGCAGCGCCCUGUACCGGUGGAAGAUCCUUCAACUCCUUCCUCCUCCGAAUCUGAGGAAGAUGAUGACCGAACGCAUUCUUCUCAACAGCAUGCAGCAGCAGCACAGGUUUCUUCCUUUGAAGAGGAAGAUGAUUCUUCAGAAGAAGAAGACGAGAAGCAAGGUUCCAUUCUCCCUGCUUCUGCAAACCAUCCCUCCAAGCCUCACCCCAAGUCCUCCUCCUCUGAAUCCGAAUCCGACACUGGCACCGAACCAGCUCGAGUCAAACCCAAACCCAAGCCCACGGACCUACCCCAGCCCCAGCCGCAGCCCAAGGUCCAGGCCCAGCGUUCCUCCACGCGGGCGAAGCUGGGAGCCAAGCGCCCCGCCGACGCAACUGAGCCGAAACGCACGAAAAAGAAACCAGCUGAGGCUCCUUCUCCUUCUGUUGCUAACGACGAAACGGAGGAGGAUGGGAAGAAGUCCGGCGGGCAAGCAAAGGUGUUGUUCCAGAGGAUCUGGAGCGAAGAAGACGAGCUCAGCCUUCUUAAGGGCAUACUUGAGUUCAUCUUAAAGACCGGACAAGAGCCUUUGUAUCAUUGGGAUGUCAACGCUUUCCCCAACUUCAUUAAAAAGUCACUACACGUGGAGUUUUCCCGCCAUCAGCUGAGGGCGAAGAUUCAACGGAUUAAGAAGAAGUUCGAGACUUAUGAGGAGAAAAAGAAGAAAGGGCUUGCGCGUCCGUGGUUGAUGUCACCUCACGACCGGGCCUUGUUUGCAUUGUACAAGAAAAUUUGGGUUGAAUGGCCCGACGGACUGAGGGGAAAGCCCGAGCCUCUUGUUACCAAGACUCAAAAGAAGGAAUCAGAAGCCAAGGCCGAAGUUCCGUCGCAGCCAGAGUUGCUGGCGCCUGAAAGUGGUGACGUGAGUUUGCUUUACAGCAAUAUUUCUUGUUUUAAAGAGCUGGAUGAGGAUGAGAUGAAGAGAGGACUUACUUUGAUUGGAGAAUCCAAGAGGAAGGAAUUAGAGAGAAGAUGGAAAGUGUUGCAAUAUUCUGAGAUGGAACUACUUGCGAAUCGCACUCUACUGAUGGGGGAGCAGAUUAAGUUGGUAUCUGAAGCCCUACAGUCAUCCAACAAUUAGGAUUCAUUCUGUCAUUGUGUUAGAUCUUUUGAAAGCAAGUGAAGGUGGUAAAUGAAGUUAUUGCCAUUUUGGAACAGACAUUAAUAUUUAUCCUUGCUUUAUUAUUCUUUUUGCGUGUAGCUCUGUAUGACUUUUUUUCUUUGUGACUCCAUCCCUUUGUCAAGAGGUUCAAGAGUAUUCUGUAUUUUGGAAAUGAACUAAGUGGUAUGCCAAAACAGGAUCAAUGC